AUGUCUACUCCUCCAACUCCUCACCGUUUCGGUAGUUCCCCGGGAAUCCAGCUAAAUGAGACAGCCGUUGAGAAACCGACCGAUCGGAUUCUGCAGCCUGUCCGCCUAGCCAGUCAGCCGGCGGGCUGUCAGCUAGCUGGAGAAACCGUUUACACACCGUGGACAGACGGAGGCGGUAGCUCGUUUCCACUUUCAGCUCGGCGCAUUCUCAGACACAAAAUUGCCGUUGCAAGUCACACGGACUGCUGCGACCAGUCUUGGCCAGGCCAGCGCCUGACUAACGGUGAAGACAAGGGCAUAAGAGUAGCAAUUCGAUUGCAGCUGUCUCUCUCUUCCCAAUCAUGCCGAAUUCGCAUCGCGCAUCCAGGACCCCCUGCCAGGGUUUUUCCUUUUGACUCAGAAACUCCAGCGCAGAGUGAGUCUCCGAAACAAAGUCAAUCUCCGAAACGAAGUGGAUCUCCGAAACAAAAUGAGCCUACUGGGCCCAAUGAUCAAAGCAGUCAACCUCCCAUUGAAGUGGAUGCUCAGGCCACUGACAACGAUGCAGCUAUGACUGACGUCUCGUGCAGCUCGACCUACAGCACUUCCUUGACUUCCUCUGUGGUGGAUUACCGCGUUGAAAAUGGCAGGCGUUACCACGCUUAUCGCGAUGGAAGUUACCUCUUACCAAAUGAUGAAGAAGAGUCUGAUCGCCUGGACAUGGCCCAUGAGCUGAAUCUGAAAAUGAUGGAAAGGAAACCAUUUUUGCGCCUAUUGGACCAUCCCCACAGCGAGUCCUUGACAUUGCGACUGGGACGGGGAUAUGGGCAAUUGAUUUUGGUCAUUGGUAAUGAUCUGAGUCCUAUUCAGCCGUCCAUGCCACUCGAUCAGGAAUUUCAAGAAGGUGAUACAGGAAUGCUACAAGUAGAGUUUCAGGACUGGGAUGCACGGAUCAGGUCUGAGGAUGGAACUCUUGGGGGCACGGGACUUCAGAAGUACUACGCAGAAAUUGUAAAGGCUUAUGAGAAAGCAGGGUAUCCUGCAAGUCCGGGGAGACACUUUAAAGAAUGGUUUGAAGAAGCAGGGUUUGUGGACAUCCAUGUUCGGAAAUAUCCUGUGCCGAUGGGUGUCUGGCCUAAAGAUCCAUAUUAUAAAGAAAUCGGGGCAUGGCUUUGCGUCGUAGUCUCGGAAGGUUUCGAGGCCGCUGCCAUGGCCGUGCUGACCAGACAUGAAUCAUGGAAGCCCGAGGAAGUCAAAGUUCUUGCUGCUGGAGCACGGAGGGAUAUCCAGAACCGUAAGAUCCAUGCAGUGAUGGACUUUUGGGUUGUGUAUGGUAGGAAGCCCGAGUGA